ACAAGCGGUGACUGAGAAUUGAAGUAUAAGUGUGCUCCCUGAAAUUAUCACUAUUCUUGUGCUGAACCAUUGUUUCAGUCCAUCGGUCUUUUGAAAGUUUGAAGAAACACAGAAAUCAUGUCGUUCAGCCGUCUCGUAAGAUUCGUCCCCAAGGGCGAUGACUCCAAGGUCCUCAUUGGCGAGCCCAUCGACAGCCAAGUCGACGUCGGCGCCGCCGUCCGCAAGGGUGGAGAUGUCGAAGUGAACGUCUACUCUGGCACCUCCGUUCUCGACGCCGGCUCUCCCACCGGCAACAAGGCCAUCAUCGGCCGAAUUCUCUCUCCUGUCACUGCCCAAGAGGCCGGCACCAUCCGCUGCAUUGGCUUGAACUACAAAAAACACGCCGAAGAAGCCAAAAUGUCCAUCCCCGAGAUCCCCACCCUCUUCCUCAAGCCCGCCACCGCCCUGGCCGACCCCUACCCGGCGCCCACGCCCAUUCCCAAGCACACCAUCGAGUCGGACUCGGCCGACUACGAGUCCGAGCUGGCCAUCAUUAUCGGCAAGGACUGCAAGAACGUCAGCGAAGCAGAAGCGCUCGACUACGUCCUCGGCUACACCGCCAGCAACGACAUUAGCAGCCGCGCGUCCCAGUUUGCGCAGACGCAGUGGUGUUACUCCAAGGGUUUCGAUGGCAGUUGUCCUAUUGGCCCGGUGUUGGUUAGCAAGGAGGUUAUUGGGGAUGUGGGCGGGCUGAAGGUCAGAGGGUUGAAGAAUGGGAAGGUGGUGCAGGAGAGUCCCUUGACUGACCUCAUCUUCUCGGUUCAAGAAAUCAUUAGCUUCUUGUCGCAGGGCACCACGCUGCCCAAGGGUACCGUUAUCAUAACCGGCACUCCGGCUGGUGUUGGCUUUGCUAAGAAUCCUAAGGAGUUGUUGCAUGAUGGUGAUGAGUUCGUGGUGGAGAUCUUGCCGCAUAUUGGCAGUCUGUAUAAUAUCAUGAAGAACGAGCAGUGAGAGGAGGAUUAGGUAUAAUGGACUGAUGUGAAAUGGUUUGAUUUAAUGACUUCAGGCUGGAAAAGAGCAGUUAGCAAAACAGCAAACCGGUAGUGCCAACG